CGCGCGGCAAUAGAAAGAACGCGCAACUGGCAGCGUGCGCGCGUUAUGUAUGUAUUGCAUCGCGUAGUGUAGCGUCGCGUCAUAUUGUCGUAUAUAAGCUACGCAAGUGCGUGUGAGUGCGUACGGUGCACGCGAGCGGGCGCGUUUGGCCGUUUGCCCGUGAGAAAGAGAAAGAGAAAGAGAAAGCCCGAGGCCGAGGAAAUCAAGGUCCGCACAUUGUCGUCGCCGGCGCGCGCGGGAUCAUGGACGAAGAGGAGAUCGACGGCGUCAAGUCACCCAUCAAGCGGCUUGGUUCCACGCGGAAGCUACUCAUCUUUAACAAUAUACGGCUACAGCUAAACGAGCAACUGAGAUGUCUCGAUGUAAGGAUGGAAGCACAAGUCGCCCUUGUGGUCGAGCUCCAGGAUUUCUUCCGCAAAAGAGCGGAAUUGGAGCUGGAUUACAGCAAGUCUCUCGACAAGAUGGCUAGGAGCAUUCAGUUGAGGCAUAAGGAGCAGAAACAAAAGCGGGAACAAUGGCCCCUAUUCUCCAGCUAUGCCUGCUGGCAGCAACUCGUAAACGAGACCAAGUCUCUCAGCAGGGACCAUGCCGCCCUAUCUGAGGUCUACAGCACCCACCUCGUGGGCCGUCUCAAUCAGGUGAUGGAGGACGUGCAGCGAAUUUACAAGCGUUGUCGCGAGAUCGGCUAUGAGACGCACGAGGAAAUACUUCGAGUAUUGCACGAACUGCACACGACAAUGAAGACUUACCAAGCCUACCAGGCCGAGUCCAGACAGGCGGAGACGAAGCUUCGUGUCGCUGAGCAACAACGCAACAAACUCGAGGUAGCGAACGCAGACAGUCGUGAGAAACUUGCACGCAGCAAGAAAUACAAGCUCAUCGAGAAGGAAGUUAAUAAGAGGAAGAGCAAAUAUCAGGAGGCGAAAUUAAAGGCGCUCAAAGCAAGAAAUGAGUACAUCCUGUGCCUGGAGGCUUCAAACACGACAAUACACAAGUAUUUCGUCGAUGACCUAUCCGAUCUCAUUGACUGCAUGGAUUUUGGAUUCCACAAUUGCAUAGCAAGGGCAUUGUUGAUGCACUGUAGCGCGGAAGAAGGUAGACAGCGUUCCCUACAAUCUGGCGCUGAACAAUUAGCUGCGUUCGUUGGUGCACUCGAUUCCCGAGCAGAUAAACAGAGAUUUAUGGAAUCUCAUCACGCGGCCUUCAUGAUUCCCAAAAAGUUUGAAUUCCAAGGACAGCGUGGAGAUGAGACGCCCGAACCCGAAUUGCAAAAGAUGCUGCACUCUGAAAUGGAGCAAAGAUUGCAGCAAUUACAACAGAGAGUGACGUCGCUGCGAACUGAGUCAGAGGAAGUGUGGAAGACUUUGGAGACGGCGGAAGCGAGCCUGCUUGAAAUGUUGACCGCUAAAGAUUAUGAUUGCUCGAGAUAUUUCGGCGAGAAUGCCGUAUCUACGUCCAGACCGCCGGAGACGCUGCAAAUCAAGUUACGAGCUGAUAGACAAGAGACUGAAGAAUUCUACCUCACGAAAUUUAGAGAGUAUCUUCUUGGAACAUCGAGAAUAGCCAGGUUAGACGCGAAACAGGAGUAUAUCCGACAAAGCCUGCUGGAUGGCUCAAAUGCUAGCCCAAACCCCUCGAUCUCCACGACAAAGCAGAAGCAAGCACGCCGCAAACGAAUCGGUCGUCUGCAGAUGAACGGUCAACCGAAGCUGUUUGGCGGUUCGCUCGAGGAAUAUCUGGAGAGCACGAAUCAGGAGAUACCGCUGAUCAUGAAGAGCUGCAUCCGCGUGAUUAAUCUGUAUGGCUUGCACCAUCAGGGUAUCUUCCGUGUGUCGGGCUCGCAGGUAGAAAUCAACAAUUUCCGCGAGUGGUUCGAGCGUGGUGAGGAUCCACUUGCGGAUGUCACUGAUGCUUCAGACAUCAAUAGUGUCGCCGGGGUACUAAAGCUCUAUCUGAGGGAGUUGCGCGAGCCCCUCUUUCCUAUCAUCUAUUUCGAGCAUCUGAUGGAGUUGGCGCAACUCGAAUCGAAACAGGACUUUGUAAACAAAAUGAAGGAGAUGAUAGCGAGUCUGCCACGGCCAGUUGUAAUCGUCAUGCGAUAUCUUUUUGCCUUUCUCAACCACCUGUCGGAAUUCUCGGACGAGAACAUGAUGGAUCCGUACAACUUGGCUAUCUGCUUUGGUCCAACUUUGGUGCCCGUUCCGGAAGACAAGGAUCAGGUCCAAUAUCAGAAUCAAGUCAACGAGCUUAUCAAGAACAUCAUUACAUUUUGCGAGGAAAUCUUCCCAGAAGACAUCGGGGGCACUCAGUAUGAAAAAUACAUUAGCAGAGAACCUGACGACGUAGAUGUGGGAGAUUCACCGACGGAUCAAGUACAGGAAGACAUGGACUCGGAAGUUUACCCAUCCGAAGAUGAAUCAGAGAACCUCGAAGCUACGGCGCAGUUUGACUUCAAUGCAAGAUCAGAGAGAGAGCUGAGCUUCAAGAAGGGUGACACCUUGACGCUAUACACGCAGGUCAGCAAUGAUUGGUGGCGAGGCGCUCUAGCUGGCAGGGAGGGACUGAUUCCAGACAAAUAUAUUAUGCUCAAGAUAAAGGAUGAGGAGCGUGAGAAGGAACUUUUAAAAUCAUCCAGCGAGGAAUCUAUGCGUAGAAGAGCAUCUAGCUCAGCGGACAGCGUAUUGUCGAGCAAUAAUUCGCCGCUGAUGGGCCCGUCGGCGAAUCCGAGCACCUGGUCGUCUGGUGCAGCGUCCGACAUGUCAUCAUCCGCCACGACGAACAUAAUAACGGACAAUAGUAACGCCAGCGGUAUUAUUGCGUCCGUGGUGACGAAUGUGCCCUGCAUCUCGUCAUCGGCGCAGCCGAUCAUCAGUCGAGAGGCUGACAUCGUGAUUCCGUUGAGGCCAGUCAGAGCGUCUUCCCCUAUGGAAAACGAGAUGCAUUCGGAGCAGCAACAUAGGAACAACGCAGACAGCGUUCUCCAGAUCUCUCUGGAGAACAACGUUGACAACAUCGAUGGCGGUAGCGCGAACUGUGCUCAGCAGCAACGAGGCGGAAAUAGCAACGAGGAAGUCACAAGCGAGGAUCUGAGUAGCAAUGUGCUGACGGCAAUGUUGUCGCUGGACGGUAUCGUGACGAAACGCGGCGUUGGCCGAAAACAGCAGUAUUGGAAGUCGCAGAGCGUCGGCGAGAGCGUAAUGGCGCAGCAGCAUCAGCAGCAGCUGUUGCAGCUGUCGCACACAAACUCUCUGCCGACCUCGACAACGAUCGUCACAAUAGCGGCGAUGCCGACGACUACGACAACGAUGACAACAACAACGACGACAACAACAACGAUGACCAUCGUGACGCAGGACGACGAGUUACAUCAGGAGUCGCAGCAGCAGCAGCAGCAGACAACCAAUUUCUCAGUAAAUCGCGAGCUUUGGCAGCGUCGCGCCACCUCGCAGACGCAGUCGACUCCCAAGUCAUUGUCUUACUCCCGUACGUCUCAGGAGUUUCGCGAGAUGCGACAGAAACACACACCCGAUCUGGUGAUGGAUCUGCCGUUGUCGGCGCAGGACCCAGUUGGCAAAAAGUCUGCGUCGUCCAGCAGUCUAAGCAGUUCGGACGAGGAGACGACAAUGCCGUUGUCUCUGUUAGCGCCGCAACAACAGACGCCACCUACCCGAUCGGAGGCGGCCACGUCGCCAACCGGCGGUCCGGAGUCGCCAGACAUGAGUACCGCCGCUGAACGCUUUGCCAAGCAAAAUCAAUGCACUCUGAAGAAAAAUACGAAGACUGCGAAUUCGGAGAACGCCAUCGCCGCGACUGGCAAUAACAAGUUGAAGCGAAUUGAGACGGUGGAGCACGAUGGAACGGGUGUCGAUGCGGAGAACGACGAGAUCGUUCGAUCGACCAGUUCGAAUCAGAUCGUCGUUGACGGCGGCAGCAGCGGCGCCGAUGAUGGUGGCGGCGGCAGUAGCGGCGGAGGAAUGCUACUUAGAUCACCUCUACCACCACGCUCCACUCCUAAGAUCGUUGCCAAAUUCGCCGAUAUGCACCUGACCGGCGGCAGCCAGGUGGUCUCGUCGUUUAAGCCGCAGGUUAAGGUCAAGCCGACGAUCCUGCGCAAACCGGUGUUGCCGUUCCCGCAUCCGCACAUGAGUCCCGAACUUGCGCGUAAGAUCGAGAAACAAGCGCAGAGUGCAGAACAAGCCAAUUGAGAUUGUCAUUGUAAUAGACCCGAGCGGAGCUCUUCGAGGGAAGGCUCUCGCUAACCAUUCACGAUCAACGCGCGCUUGGCCGGCUUGGUGUUCUUCUGGACCGGAACACAGGCCGGCGAUUUAUCCGGCCUGUCUUCCGGUUUGCCUCUUUUGAGUUGCCAUCGAUGAAAGUGAUACCAAGUUGAUCGGCGAUAUCGCGUACAUUUUAAGGAGAUGCAUCUAGUAAAUCAAUUAAUGAUAAUAUGGCAUCAAUGUUAUAAUUUCUUACUACAGGAAACGUAACUAUUACGUAACUACAACGUGUGUAAUAUACAACGUUUACAUCGUUCACAUUCGUUGAGUGGAAAUUUAUAAUAUCGAUGCAAUGUCAUUGUUAGUGUUUACUGGAGCAAGUACAUCUCUCAGUCUGUAAGAUCCGCUCGAAUCGCGGUCGUUCUCGGACGAUGUUACUUGACAAUAACCGUUUUUCCUCUCGCACGCGUGAAUCAUCACCAUGGAGGAAACGCGAUAAUGAAACGGAAACCCGAGUCGUCGCUGCACCGUCAAAAACCGAUCAUAACCGUGUAUCGAGAUAAAUCCCGAGGUCUCGCUGAUUUCGGAGGCGUGUUGUAAAUUUAAAACGAUAUACGAAAACGCGACCACCCAUCGACCAGUUACUCCGCCCAGUCGCGAGGACUUGUAUCGUAUUAAUUAUUGUGCCCGAGAAGAAAGGAAUGUCGCCGCGGGAUAGCGACGCAGAAGCUAAAUUGAUGAUCGCGCGAUUGCGCUGGAUUUGGCCCGUGUUGGAGCCAAGAUCACGGUGCUAUCCUCGCGGAGGCGAGUUUAUUUUUUCUACAGAUGUUUUCCAUUUUCGCUAAUUUUUUUACCAAGUGAUCCGCACGAAGCGAUGUUUCUAGUCAUCGAGCGAAGAUAAGAAUAAGAGAAAAAAAAUAAAAUGAGAUAAAGAGAGAGAGAGAGAGAGAGAGAGAG